AUGAUACGGCGGAGACGGCUAAAAAGUGAUGGUGAUAAGACUGUACAGACGCUCUUUGUUCCAUUUCAACAUGUAAAUAAUGAAGAGAAAAAUUCUUGUCUAAAUGACGAGUCACUGAAUCCACCAAAACUUACUUCACAACUAUCCGAUGUCGAUGAUGUUGGCGACGAAAGUGACACAUCGAACAUUGGUAAAAAGCGCCGAAAAUAUACAGGACGUGAGCUGGAUUGUAUACAUUAUCGACUUAUCAAUGAACGUGUUGUAAACGACGUCACUUUGGAAUUUUUUUAUAAACCGCGUACAAUCACGGUUCUUGUUAUCAUUUGUGCGUUGCUCAUUAUUCCUGCAUUUAGUAGGAAUGAUGACAAUUCAGGAAUUAAUGUUUCUGCUGGUAUUACCGCUGCAGCUGUUUUAUUUCUAGUUGUCAGUGGUCUCACAUUUCCAAAUGGUCCGUUUAUUCGUCCGCAUCCGGUUUUCUGGCGCAUUAUUUUUGGUAUGAGUGUCUUGUAUACAUUAAUGCUUCAGUUUGCAUUGUUUCAAAACUUUCGUGAUAUAAAAGAUGUGCUGAAAUGGCUUGAUCCACAAGGUUUAAAUAAGGAAAAAUUGGAUGAAAAAGCAUAUGCCGUUAAUUGUUCUGAUAUCACAUUGGAGCGACUGUGGAGCCACAUGGAUAUAUUUGCCAUUGGCCAUUUUGUUGGUUGGGCAAUGAAAGCUUUACUUAUUCGCCAUUCUAUUAUAUGCUGGUAUAUCAGUAUCGCCUGGGAAUUAACCGAGGUAUUAUUUGCUCAUUUGCUACCAAACUUUCAAGAAUGUUGGUGGGAUGCGAUUAUUUUGGAUAUUUUAAUGUGCAACGGAUUGGGUAUAUGGUUUGGCAUAUGGCUGUCACACUUUUUUGAAAUGCGACAAUUUCAUUGGGAAAGCAUUAAAGAUAUUAAAACAGCGCGAGGUAAGUUCAAACGGGCUGUGCUUCAGUUUACUCCAGAAAGUUGGAUGAAAGUGGACUGGUACAAUAACUGCGCUCUGAGGAGAACGCUGGCAAUUUAUGCAUUUGUCUUAGUUUGGCUGAUAACGGAAUUAAAUACUUUUUUUCUGAAGCACAUAUUCGCGGUGGACACAUCACAUUCGUUAGUGUUUUCAAGAAUCCUUUUAAUCGCUUUCGUAUCAGCUCCAACGAUACGGCAAUUUUAUUUAUUUGCAACCGAUCCACGAAUCAAACGUAUGGGUAUGCAAAGCUGGGUAUAUUUGGCUAUUUGUACUUUAGAAGCAUCGAUUUGCAUCAAAUUUGGGCGACCGCGGCUUCCUCGUGUUAAACUAACGCUGAUUGGUUUAUGGAUCUGUUUUAUGGCUGUUGGUACAUUUGUAUCCGUUUGGAUGUCGAUAUGGUGGGUAAAAACGUUCGCGAAAACGAAAAAAGUGAAUAUAAAUGGCUGCUUACGGGAUUGCUACCUAGAUUCGAGCCAUGAAAACCUCGGCACACUCACUGACGAGGUACAGGCACGUCGAAAACGAUUGAAUAUAUCCGAAUCAUAUUUAACCUGA